AUGGUUAUAUACUUCCAUCGUCUUGCCAUUCAUAACCUUCCAUCUCAGGAGGUUAUCGUCAGCGUCUUCUUGCCUCUCGGCCCCAUGGGCCAGGGCGGAUACGCAGUUUUGAAACUCGGCAUUCAAGCUUCGAAGACCUUCCCAGAUACAAAAGCCUUGCACCCGGUAGCUGGAGAGGUCCUCUACGUACUAGGCUGGAUGACCGCCAUCACACUCUGGGGCUUCGGUCUGGUAUGGUUGUUCUUCGCUGUCGCGUCGAUCAGUCGAAACAAGUUCCCUUUUAACAUGGGACAAGAACUUCCUUCCGCUUUCUUUAGGAUUCUAGGAACGAUACUUGGAAUUAGUGUCGUUCUGCUCUGGGUGCUUGUCGCUGUUGGCACUAUGAAGAACAUUAUAUACGCAAACAUGUUCGAAGCGCCUUGCUUGCGCGACAUAGAGAAGAAAGCAUGUGCAGCUUCUCGUGGGAUGCAACAUCAGGACGCGUAG